AUGGUUUUAGACCCAUCCCGUUACCAGGAUCACAGAACCUGGAAGAUGACCCCAGGUUUGAUCAGAGCAAGACAACCAUUCUUCAAGAAGAACAUGAUUGGAUUGGCAAUUUUAGCGGGUGUUUCUGCAGGUAUUUAUACGUAUACUUACAGUUUCUUGCAUAAGGAUAACGAUUUCGCAGAUGUGCCAAUUCCACCCAUUGAUGAGAAGGAAUUAGAGAAGUUAAAGAAAGAAUACGAACAGCACAAGCAGGAGAGACAAUAA